CCUCUAGUACCAAUUUUAUGAAGAGCAGCAGCAGCACAUAAAAAAUAGUUUUUAUACAAUUACUUUUUACAAUUCACACCUGCUAAGCUGUGUUACGUCGCGUAAAUAACAAAAAAAUAUUAAAAGACUGAAAAUUAAUGCGUAUAGAAGUUGUAGUGGCCGUGUUUUUUGUUAUUCGGCAAGGACUGAAAAGAAGGGAACGUGUUUGGGGCGGACUUGUUUUUAGAGUGCUUGUGCAAAAAGGGGACGCCGCGGCAACAACUAACUAACUGUGUUUUGGGGAAAAAUAGCCGCGCGGUGGCCAAAGGAGCGCCCCAGCUCAGCUCAACCCGAUUUGUGUUUAGUGUGUAGAAGUAAACGGAGGGGCGUUUGCGUCUGUAUACGUGUGAGUGUUUGUGUGUUGUACAAGAACAAGUUGCGUGCCUUAGUGUUGGUGUCUUGUGCAGGUGUGCGUGUACCUGGCUGUGUGUGAGACUGAGACUGUGUCGGUGUGUGUGUGUGCGUGUACUGCGGUCUUGAUGUCUGCGCUUUUUCCCAGCCGAAGACGAAGAAGCGAGCACACAGGUGAAUUAUUGGUGCAAUACGCUGCUGCUGCCUUGACGCUGCUAACGCUGCCAUUGCCGCUGCUGUUGCUGCGGUGUUGGCAACACAGCUAAAAAAGCUAACAAAAAAAGACAACAAGCAAGAGUGAGAGCGAGAGAGAGAACUUAAGUGACAAACUGAAAAAUGCUGCGUUUUCUAAGUCGUCGCAAGGUGCGCAACAACUAUGCGGAUAAUGCGAGCAACGUGCGGGGCGGUGUCGGAGGAGGCGGAGGCGGGGCUGCAAGUGGCGUCAUUGCGAGCAGCAGCGGGUCACAGAUUAAGCCGCAACGCAUUGUGGUAAACAAAAACAAAAUCGACUGCCGUGUAAUUCUGCUGGACAACACUGACCUUUCCAUCGAAUUAUCGAAAAAAGCGCUUGGCAGUUUCCUCUACGAGCAGGUCUUCUACGCCCUAGAUAUUAUCGAGAAGGAUUACUUUGGACUGCAGUUUAUGGACGCCAAUCAUGUGAAGCAUUGGCUCGAUCCCACCAAACCUAUUAAGAAGCAGGUUAAAAUUGGACCACCUUAUACAUUCCGCUUAAAGGUCAAAUUCUACUCAUCUGAGCCGAAUACGUUGCGUGAGGAGUUGACACGCUAUCUGUUCUUCUUGCAAUUGAAACAAGACUUGUUGGAGGGGCGUCUCGACUGCCCAGAUGACAAAUCCGCCGAGCUGUGCGCUCUGGCCUUGCAGUCUGAACUGGGCGACUACGAUGAUCAGGUGCAUUCGGCGGCCACUGUUUCGGAGUUUCGCUUUGUGCCCGAACAGACGGAGGAUCUGGAGAUUGCCAUAUUGGAGGAGUACAAGACAUGUCGCGGUCUAACGCCAGCUCAGGCCGAAACAGCGUUCCUCAACAAGGCCAAGUGGCUGGACAUGUACGGCGUGGACAUGCACACGGUGCUGGGCAAGGAUAGCUGCGAAUAUCAUCUGGGUUUAACGCCCACUGGCAUUCUGGUGUUUGAGCGCGAUCAGAAGAUUGGUCUCUUUUUCUGGCCCAAGAUAAGCAAGCUGGAUUUCAAGAAAAAGAAGCUAACGCUGAUUGUUAUCGAGGACGAUGACGAGGGACGCGAACAGGAGCACACUUUUGUCUUUCGGCUGUACAACGAGAAGGCCUGCAAACAUUUGUGGAAGUGCGCCGUCGAGCAUCACACAUUCUUCCGCCUGCGGGCACCCGUUAAGGGUCCCUCGGCUCGUCAGAACUUCUUCCGUAUGGGCUCACGCUUCCGUUACUCUGGCCGCACUGAGUUCCAAACCACGCAGCAGAGUCGAGCCCGUCGAACGGUGCAAUUUGAGCGUCGCCCAUCGCAGCGCUUUGCCAGUCGUCAGUCACAUCUGUUGCGUGAGCGUCAAAAGGCUUCCCAGGAAUCGGCAGCUGCUGCUGUCGCUUCUGUUAAUGCGCGUGCAGCGGCUGCUGCGGCGGCUGCAGCUCAAGCUGCCGCACAAGUGGCGGCUCCAUCGCCAGCUGUAAUCGAGAACAACAAUGAGGCAUUUGACUCGCUCAUUUCGGCAGAUCAGUUCAUCACUGUGACGCCAUCACCAUCUGUGCUCACUGUCAUACAAAACUCGGCCAUUAUUGAACCGGAUGCGGCAUGCAGCGGCUCGAUUAGUUCAUCAAGUCAGGCGGCAGCUGCUUGCGCCUCGUUGGGACGCAAUUCCCUGAAAUCUAACUUUAGCAACGAUGAUCCGGCGUACAGCAAGAUCGGCUCCAUUGGCAAGGCGGCCGGACUUUCUGUGAAAUUGGAGCCGGAGUACACGCCCCCUUAUUCACCGAAUGCCACCAAGAACUUUGAUGAGACGAAUCCAUUCCGUAGUGCGGCCACUUCGCAUCAUGGCAGCUUUGGCAAGGCAUCAAUUAGCUCCGGCCAGCUCAGUGUUAGGAGCGGCUUAUCGGAUAAAGAUAGAGAGCUAGAUUCAUUACUUAAGUCCAUUGUCAAAGAUCCAUCCCCAUCUGUGCUUGCAAACGAAGCCAUUAAUGAUGCUAACAGUAUCAGGGUGACCAUCAACAAGACCUUUGACAUGGACCACAACACGGAGACACUGAAGCGCCUCUCGAACAACAAUGAGAAGCCGAACAAUCAAGUGAAGCUGGCCAACGUGGGUGCCACAGCGUUGCCGCCUGGCAACAUCAAGUGCAAUAUACUAAAGGCAGCUCGCGUGGAGGAGGAAAUGGGUGCAAGCGGCAAUGCGAAGCUGACCAAUCAAAUGUUUGUGCCCGCCGCCGCCCACUCGAGUAGCAGCAGCAACCAACACAGCAGCAGCAGCAACAUGCACGUCAACAACAAUAAUAACAAUAACCUUAAUAGCAGCAGCAAUCAUAUACACAGCGACGGACCGGAUUCCUUGAAUGCCACCUACAUAUCUGUGGGCGGCGAUAAGCUGACGCUCAGCAUACCGGAACAGAAGCCGAGCAGCGGCUCCAGCAGCAGCUCAAGCACCCUCAAUGCUCGCGCCAGCAGCAACUCACCCUUUAGCAAUGCCACAUUCGUGUCUGGCUACAGUGGGCCACCGACGCCGCCUUCGUCGCUGCCCGCCUCGAUAAAUAAUGCGAGUAGCAGCAAUAGCAGCAAUAUGACGACAAGUGUCACCACCAUAAGCACGCCCAGCAGUUCGUCUGCAAGUGUUAAUGUGAUUGCCAGCAGCAGCAGUGGCAGCAAUGCAACAACAGCAGCUGCAGUUACAAGUGCAACAACUCCCACGGAGCCGCCGCAAUCUAUGCUGAGCAAUGCCUCGGCAGCUGAAAUACUCAUUAAUGAAAUAUUCAUUAACAAUAUCAUAAACAAUAACACAACGGCGGCGAGCAGUGGAGCUGCAACCAGCGGCAGCAAAUCAGAGGCAAUAGCAAAGUCCUCAACGUCAACGCCCAGCGCUGGCACUUUGCUCUUCUCCACGCUCAGCGAACAGGAGCGUUUGGAGGCGCAGAAGUCGAAUCAACAGCAGCUGCAGCAUCAGGGUCAAAGUGAAGUCGAUUCAGCGCACAGCGAAAAGAAGAACAGCAGCCAUCAUCAUCCGCAGCAGGAGAACGUACGCAUUCCAUCGAACAUUCACAACAGCAGCAGCAAGGACAUGGUCUCGCCCUGGCUGGUCUCCUCGGAGGUGGUGUCCGCACCCAAGGGACGCGAGCCGACCAUAAUACGCAAAUCCGUUAUUACAACACAGUUGUAAUUAUUAUUAUUAUUAACAAGCUAUCUAUUAUUAUUAUUAUUUUUAUUGCUAUUAUUAUGAUUAGUUGAUUAAGCGUAAAUGUUCGUAUUUAUAAUUGUGUAAGAAAAGAUAUUAACUACUAUAAUAUGACAACCUUAGAGACAAACUUCCUUUUAAGCAUUCCAAUCGAAUGACAAUGAAACGAAACAGAAAAAGAAAAAGUAAAAAGACAAUGAGAGAGCAGGUCCAAUCAAAAUCAUAAAAAACAUGACUUUAACUGUCCAUUAAAUGUGCCUUAAAUUAUACUUAACAUAAUAACUUGUGCUUAAACUGAAAUGGAAACGAUGUACUUAAAGCAAAACAAUACAAUUUGCAUACUCCAUUAUGUGUAUUUAAAUGUGUAUAAUCAUAAGUGUAUAGACUGGAUUUUUAGAAAAACGAGAGAAAAAAACGAAGAGGAAAAGCAAAGUGAUGUCUGUCUUUCUGCUUGAUAUAUACAACGAUCUAUAUUAUAGCUAAGAAACUAAAAACGAAACGAAACGAUACGAAAACUAUAUUUUGACAAAAUUGCAGUAUUCUAAAAAAUUCUAACCGACCGACCGAUCGAGUAAUGAACAACGACGAAUAUCACAUAUUCAAAGUAAUGAUCAAAAUGUGAUUGAUAACUCAUUUAUAUAAUUCAUACAUAUACAUAUACCUAUAUAACUAUACAAUAUAUAGUAUGGCAUUUCAAUAUUUUGUAUACAACAAAUGCAUUUCUAUAAUUAAAUGUAUAAAAACUAAAAAACGGCAGCAUACAUAUUCAAUAUACAACAAUAAAAAUGCAU